AUGUGCCAGUAUCUCGAAGCACUGGUGACAUCUGGGUUCAUAACCGUGAGAGAGCACAUAUCGUUCAAGGGGGUGAGCGCUGAGAGGUACCGCCACAAAAUGCGUGGGGAUCUUUGUUCUCAUGCCGAGGGAACGCUGAUUCCCGAGCUGCAGCGCCAGGGUCUCCGCAUACCUCUGCAGCCUGUUCCCGUUAUCGACGACAACGGAUACAUCUGCGUCGACCCUCCCGUGCACAUCCGAAGAGAGCUGCUAGACCACAAGGAGAAGUUUGCUGUGAUUGAGCACGACAUACAGGUUCUGACGGCCAAGAUCGAGUAUCUGGCCAUCCGCAAAGGCGUGACGUCGGACGAGCUGGACGCAGGGGCGCGCCAACACCUUGGUGUCGUGGUGGACACGCUGGUAGAGUCGGCGACUCCACGCAAGCACGCUAAAGCAGACCCUACCGCGGACAGAAGUGGCCCAAUGGAAGUCGCGCAGACUCCACUGACGCGUGCACUGGCGGCAGUGCCAUCAAUCUCUCCCUGUCUUGCACCUCACACACUUGCCGUGAAAGAUAUCCAAGUUACUGCCGGAGACGCGACACCUGCUGUGGUCAGGCAACAACAGCGCGACCAUCUUGCAGUGGCUUUGCGCAGCCGCGCUAAGACUCCCGUGCCCGCAGCUCCAGGUAACUCCGGAAGGGUCGCAAGGAGCGGCCGAACGGGAGUUAUGUGGAACGCAGAGACGCAGAGGUACUACGUCCGGAUCAUAUCUGCUCGCCGUCAGCAGGUUCGUCUGGGGUCGUACGAGGACAAGGACGAGGCGUCAUACGCGUAUGUUGCGGGAGCCGUUGUACUUCGCCCGAACUCACGCAUCAGCUGCACGGUUGAGCUAUCCGACGGUGACAGGCAGGCUUUAGCCGGCUGCACAGAGGAGAUCCUAAGGCUACUCGUGAAGUACAUGCGCUGGAACAGAUGGAGGGAGUGGAGAGCCGCAAUGGCUGGCCUGGACGACGCGCAGCCGGUUGAGACCCGUUCGCGGCGAAAGGGCAGAGUGUCCCGGGCCAUUAGUGACGUUGAGGAGGUGGAGGCGAUCACGCAGACUACAGAGGACCAGCCUAUGGCUGAAGAGCCAGAGGACCGAACAGAGGACUACACGGAUGACGAUGAGUCCGUUGACGAUGAUGCUGUCGCCAACGCUGUCGGGGCCGUCGACGCGGAGGCAGCCUGCACGCCCAUUGUCGCCAACGCACCGCAAGGGGAGGAGGACACCGAGGCUGUGAAGGAACGCCUGAUAGACGAGUUAAUGGAAGGCGAAGAUGAGGACGACGAGGAAGGAAACGGUGGUGGUCAGUCGUCAAGCAACGAUCCGUGUGGCGAGAACGGAUCAGAGGAGGAGCAGGCCACAAAAGCGCCACAUUCGAGGAAGCGGAUAGAUGCAGCCGAUGGCCACGUCACACGCGAGGAAUUUGAUGCGUUGCGUGAUUCCCAUAAUGAUACCGCGAAGACACUGGCUCGUCUUGAGUCACACGUACUGACCAUCAUCCGCCUUGGCGAACGGCGUAAGCGCAAGCGGGCGUCCACAAGUGCCGCAGCUUCGCUAGGCCGGGAAGCUUUGAAGCGGAAACGCCAGUCAGAUGAUGACGAAGAAUCCACGUGCUAUGAGGACGACUUGCCGGCGAAAGUGGCACGGCACGCGCGUCACGACAAGUCGCCAGUGCUCCAAACCGCCCUUGACAUCCUUCCAGCGGAUAAGGCUUGGAAGCCCUCAUUUCCCCUCUCGUCGCCCUCGUUUCCCUCCCCAUCGCCCACAUUUCGCUACCUGUCGCUCACAAUUCCCUCCAUCCUCCCUUCCUCUCAUCCGCCCUUCCUCUCGUCCGCCCUUCUCUCACAUCCUCUCUCCCUCUUAUCCGCCCCUCAUAUCGUCCUCAUUUCCACUCGUCCUCCCUACCCUUCUUUCGCCACGCGCCCUCAUCCGCCCUCCACCUCAUCCGCCCUCCCCCUCGUCCACCCUCCCUCUCAUCCACCCUUCUUCUCGUCCUCCCUCCCCCUCAUCCAGCCUCCCCCUCAUCCGCCCUUCAUCUCAUCCUCCCUUCUCUCAUCCAACCUUCCUCGCAUCCCCCCUUCCUCUCAUCCUCCUUUCCUCUCAUACAACCUCCCUCUCAUCCUCCUCUCCUCUCAUACAACCUCCCUCUCAUCCUCCUCUCCUCUCAUCCGCCCUUCCUCUCAUCCGCCCUUCCUCUCAUCCGCCCUUCAGGCUCUCAUCCUCUCUCCUUCUCAUCGUCUCUCCCUCUCAUUCGCCCUUCAUCUCGUGCUCCCCUCAACUCAUAUUCCCUCCCCUACUUCAGCCCCCCCCCCCCCCCUCAUCCGCCAUCCCUAUCAUCCACCAUUCCUCGCGUCCACCCUUCCUCGCAUCCUCCUGCCCUGCUUCCUUCCUCGCAUCUGCCCUUCCUCUCAUCCACCCUUCCUCCUUCUCUCCCAUCCUCUCUCCUUCUCAUACUCCCUUUCUCUCGUCCUCCCUUCCUCUCAUCCCCCCCUCCUCUCAUCCUCCUUUCCACUCAUCUCCCUUUCCUGUCAUCCUCCCAUCCCCACAUCCGCCCUUCCUCUCAUCCGCCCUUCCUCUCAUCCGCCCUUCUCUCCCAUCCUCUCUCCUUCUCAUACUCCCUUUCUCUCAUCCUCCCUUCCUCCCCUUCCAUUCCUCUCAUCCUCCUUCCCUCUCAUCCGCCCUUCCUCUCAUCCGCCCUUCCUCUCAUCCGCCCUUCGCGCUCUCAUCCUCUCUCCAUCUCAUCGUCUCUCCCUCUCUUCCUCCUUUCCCUCGUCCACCCUUCUUCUCGUCCUCCCUCCCCCUCAUCCGUCCUCCCCCUCAUCCGCCCUUCAUCUCAUCCUCCCUUCCCCUCAUCCGCGCGGCCUCUCAUCCAACCUCCCUCUCAUCCCCCCUUCCUCUCAUCCCCCCUUCCUCUCAUCCUCCCUUCCCCACAUCCGCCCUUCAUCUCAUCCUCUGUUCCCCUCGUCCUCCCUUCCUCUCAUCCCCCUCCUCUCAUCCUCCUUUCCUCUCAUCUUCCUUUCCUGUCAUCCUCCCAUCCCCACAUCCGCACUUCCUCUCAUCCGCCCUUCUCUCCCAUCCUCUCUCCUUCUCAUUCUCUCAUUCUCUCAUACUCCCUUUCUCUCAUCCUCCCUUCCUCUCCCCUUCCAUUCCUCUCAUCCUCCCUUCCUCUCAUCCUCCUUCCCUCUCAUCCGCCCUUCCUCUCAUCCGCCCUUCCUCACAUCCGCCCUUCACACUCUCAUCCUCUCACCUUCUUAUCGUCUCUCCCUCACAUCCUCCUUUCUCUCAUCCACCCUUCUUCUCGUCCUCCCUCCCCAUCAUCCGCCCUCCCCCUCAUCCGCCCUUCAUCCCAUCCUCCCUUCCCCCCAUCCGCCCUUCAUCUCAUCCUCUGUUCCCCUCUUCCCCCCUUCCUCUCGUCCUCCUUCCCUCUCAUCCCCCCUUCCUCACGUCCUCCUUUCCUCUCAUCCGCCCUUCCUCACGUCCUCCCUUCCUCUCGUCCUCUCUCCCCUACUUCCGCCCCCUCCUCCUCAUCCGUCCUCCCUAUCAUCCACCCUUCCUCUUGUCCACCCGUCUUCUCGUCCUCCCACCCCCUCAUCCGCCCUUCAUCUCAUCCUCCCUUCCCCACAUCCGCCCUUCAUCUCAUCCUCCCUUCCCCACAUCCGCCCUUCAUCUCAUCCUCCCUUCCCCACAUCCGCCCUUCAUCUCAUCCUCUGUUCCCCUCGUCCUCCUUUCCUCUUAUCCUCCUUUCCUGUCAUCCUCCCAACCCCACAUCCGCCCUUCCUCACAUCCGCCCUUCCUCUCAUCCGCCCUUCCUCACAUCCGCCCUUCCUCUCAUCCGCCCUUCCUCACAUCUGCCCUUCCUGCCCCCCUCCCCUCAAUUUCAUCAGGUACACAUCACUUCUGCCCUUCUCCCCCAACUAG